AUGAAUUUUUGGACAAAGUCUAUGAAAGCAUACGAAGCAAUAGGCAAAAUGGCUUCACAUAGAUUUAACUCCAAAGCAGUUCGCAAUUACCAUCAACCACAAGCUUUGAAUAGAAGUUUAACAACCCGUAAUGCAGCAAAAGUCAGAGGUAUGGUUCCUUCAAGAAGGGAGGGCAUUGGAUCAUACAAGAGCUCGAGUAACAAUUUAAAAAAUAAACUGGGGAAACACGUAACGUGGAUAAAUGAAUUUGAGCAUUUUAAUGCUUUGCAUAAAGUUUCAUAUUCUCCUAAUGAUUUGUUGAGAGAUGAAAUUCAAAAAUACUUGAAGAUCUUGAACACAAACUACCAGUCAAUCAGCAAAAAAAGCACAGAAUCCUUAAACAAGAAACUGGAAGUUGUGAACAAGGAAUGGGUUGAGAAAAAUGGACAUAUACCUGAAGUAUCGAAAGAUGACAAAGAGAAAGGCUUAAGAAAGCAGUAUUUGGCGCAUGUAAAUGACGUCAAAAACGAGCAUAUACCGACGAUGGAUUGCAAACCUGGUAGUUCUCAAUUCACAUAUCUUUCCAAUACGAUUGAGCUGUUAUCAUCCAACAAAACAAUUUGUUUUGCCGUUGAUGUGGAGGCUUUCGAGUUCGAUACAAAUAUCGUUACCGAGAUUGGAAUUUCCAUAUAUGAUCCAAGAGAAAACAAACAUUCUUUGACACCGAUCAUAAGAAGUUAUCAUUUAGUUGUAGCUGAGGCAUUACCGCUAAGAAAUAAGAAAUUUGUGUGCGAUUUCAAGGACUGCUUUUUAUUGGGAGAAAGUCUUGUUCUACCAUUGGAACAGUGUGUGGAAUUUAUACAAUCGUUGAUCAAUUUCUACAUGAAAUGUGAGACAGAUGAAGAUUUGAGUUGGGAAAGAGCUUUUGUAGGUCACAGUAUAUCGGGGGAUAUUAGAUGGUUGAAGAAGAUUGGCGUUCACAUACCCGAGUUGGAUAAUGAAUUAGACAAACCAGAUGGUUCGGUGGAGGCUAAUGAUCUCAGGAAACACAUAAAGAUGCUUGAUACAGAGAAAAUCUAUAGCAUCUGUUACGGUAAAAAGGGCAGUAGUUUGGGUAAGCUGCUAAGACUAUUUCAUAUGCCACAUGCCUUCUUACAUAAUGCGGGCAACGAUGCAUACUACACACUGCUAUUGAUGCUGAAGCUGGGAGACUUUAAUUUUAGAAAACAGAUUGGAGCCGAUGAUUUGGAAGCAAUGGGUCAUAGGAUAAGACAAUGGUUUGAUCGUGAGAAGGACGAGCCCAAGAUUUUACCUAUGUCGUAUGUAUUAAGCGUGAUGAAUGCCAACAACGAUAAGGGAAAAGCAAACGAUAAUGGAAGAAAGAAAAUAAAGGACCUGGUCCCCCAGACGGAAUUUAGCGGGUCACAAUGGUUCCAAAACGCACGGGCAGCGUUCAAAAGUACGCUUGUAUAA